AUGCCCAUGACAACUUGCCAGAAGGUCACUCUGUUGUCCUGCUCCGUCCUCUGCAUCUCUCUCUUCCUGCCCAGGAUGCUUUUAUCCAGAGGGAAAAAGGAUGUAGGGCAGCCCGAGGUGGGGCCGGGGUUUUACCCUCCCAUGAUGCAUCGGUUAUCGCUGCCAGAGGACCAAGAACAGUGGACACAAAACCCUUUUGACUCCAGACCACACAGCAUGGAGGCCAUGGCCAAAGUGACAACCAAGGGGAAACUCAAAAAGUACAGCCUGCUGGGUCAAGUCAUUCCGAUAUACGGCUUUGGAAUCCUCCUUUACAUCUUCUACAUCAUCUAUAAGCUGACCUGUAAAGGGAAGACCACUAAAGCAGAAUUCCCCUAUUCCACAGUAACCAAGGACAUGGGGAGUAACAUUGGGCCUGAUCAGGGGCUGUCCAGGCUGCAGGAGAGGGUGCUGGAAACUGAGAGGAUGGUGAAGAGGCUGGUCUCCAGGAAGAGCCACGGUUCCUCCAGCAGUGGCAGAAAGAGGAAAAGCAAGCGCUCCACAUUAAGGAAGGAGGAGAAAUUGCUCAAGCAGCUGAGACAGAUUACUCAGGUGAUGCAGGAGGGCCGGUUGGAGGGAGCCUCCCCAGAGAUGGAGGCUGAGGAGGUGCCAUAUGCGGCAGACUGGGAAGGUUACCCUGAGGAGACCUACCCGGAAUUUGACCAAUGGUACCAUAGCAAGGACUGUCACACCAUUGUCCUGAAGGUGCCCACCUCUGAGCUGCCCACCGCUGAGGCCCUGGCAGAGAGGAUGGUGCAAGAUGAGGAGGAGGAGAUGGAAAGGAAACUGGAAGUCGUGCGAGAGGAAGAGGAGGAGGAAGAAGAAGGCGAAGAUGAAGAUGAAGAAGAGGAUGAUAAAGAAGAAGAAGGUGAAGGUGAAGAAGAAGAAGAAGAAGAAGAGGAGGAGGAGGAAGAGGAGGAGGAGGAGGAGGAGGAGGAGGAGGAGGAGGAGGAGGAGGAAGCAGAGAGAAGGCACCUACUCAGCCCUCCGUCACCCUUACUUGCUCGGGAAAGGAGAGAAGAGAGGGUGGGUUUGGAGGUGAGCAAGGAGCUGCAGGCUACACAUGGAGGCAAAAAGCAAAUCAGUUUCAGUGACCAUAAAGACGUGUUCCGCUACCUGAAAGAGGACGAUUAUGAGGAGGAGGGGGAGGAGGAGGAGGAUUUGGGGGAAGAGAUGAUGAUGGAGGAGGAGGGCGAGGAAGAGGCGUCGGAUGAGGAGGAAGAAGACGAUCAAAUGUGUGAUGUGGAGAAGGAGGAGGAGGUGGAUGAGGAGGAUCCAGUGACGGAGGCAGAGAGCCUCACGUUCAGCGGCGAGGGUGAGGAGGAGGGCGAGGAGGAGAGCGAGGAGGAUUGCGAGGAAUUCAUAUCAGCAGCUGGGGAAGGCGACAGUCUUACCCACUCACUGAUGGUUAAAGAUGUGGGGACAAGUGGGCUGAGGAUGCGGAACAAGAGAGAGACAUGA